AUGGUCGUGGCCUCUAUCCUAUCGGGCGCGCUCAUCAAUCGGGUCGGUUACUAUACACCAUUCAUGUAUGUUGGGGUCUGUAUGAUGAGCGUCGGUGCCGGUCUUCUUUACACUCUGGAGAUUGACACCCCUACCGCUAAGUGGGUUGGCUAUCAACUACUGUACGGCUGGGGUAUGGGCACCAGUGCCCAGGUGCCUAACAUUGCUGCACAGACUGUUCUCGAUAAGAAAGACAUCCCUGCCGGCACUGCCCUUCUGUUCUUUGCUCAACUUCUUGGUGGUACCAUUUUCGUUUCAGUUGGUCAGAAUGUGCUCGAGGGCCAGCUGUUGAAGCGCUUUUCUCAAAUUCCUGGACUUAGUCCUGAGAUGAUUGAGAAUAACGGUGCUACAUCUCUCGUCAACUUGCCCGAGCCGAUCAAGACGACCGCUCUGAUUGCUUAUAACGAGUCACUCCGACAUGUGUUUCUUGUUGGCUUGAUCCUGGUCUGUCUCACAUCACUUGGAGCAGUGGGCAUAGAAUGGCGGACAGUGAAGAAAAACUUGAAGAAGUCAGGCGAGAAGAAAGAGGAAGAAGGGACAGUGGAAGCGAAAAGCGAUGAUGAGACGGGGAGGGGUGAAGCCAGCAUCGCGGAGAAGAGUGUGAAGAAGGAUGACGAUCCAGCCUCGAGGACGACCGUGAAUAAAGGACAGAAGAAAUAA